UUGACAGGGUGAAGGGGGCGGCACCGCGGCGUUCGGGGCGGUGGAGUCGCUCGGUCAUGGUGGGGAAGGAGAAGGAGUUGAAGAUCCAUUUCACCCCGGGAUCGGUCCGGCUGCUCGAGGUGGAUGCUUGUGUGCCGGACAGACGUGUCCUGGUCACUGGGGCAACAGGACUGCUUGGCCGUGCUGUGUACAAGGAGUUUCUGGAUAAUGACUGGGAUGCAGUGGGUUAUGGUUACAAGAGAGCUCGACCCAAGUUCGAAAAAGUGAACCUGCUGGAUCCAGGGGCGGUGCGGCAAAUUAUCCAGGAUUUUAAGCCACAUGCUGUUAUACACUGUGCUGCGGAGCGGAGACCUGAUGUUGCGGAGUGUCAGCCCGAAUAUACCAGGCAGUUGAAUGUAAGCAGCUCAGGAUGCAUAGCCAAGGAGUCAGCUGAAAUUGGAGCUUUCCUGAUCUACGUGAGCACAAAUUACAUCUUCGAUGGAUUGCAUCCUCCUUAUCGAGAAAAUGACACUCCGAACCCCCUCAACCUGUAUGGGAAAACCAAGCUAGAAGGGGAGAGGGUAGUUUUGCAAAAUCAUCCGGGUGCGGCGGUGCUCCGUGUUCCACUCCUUUAUGGCAAGGUUGAGAAGCUGGAGGAAAGUUCAGCCACUGCGCUAUUUGGAAAAGUGCAGUGCCACAGCGUAGUGGCCUGCAUAGACCACUGGCAGCAACAAUUUCCCACACACGUCGAUGAUGUAGCCAGAGUGUGCAGGCAGUUAUCAGAGCGUAGAAUACAGGACCCAUCGAUCAACGGAGUUUUCCACUGGUCUGGGAAUGAACGAAUGACCAAAUACGAGAUGGCUUGCAUAAUGUCAGACAUCUUCAACUUGCCAAGCAACCAUCUGCGGCCAGUUACGGGUUGUCCUUCUGUCGGUGCUCUUCGACCCCGGGAUGUCCACCUUGAUUGCUCACGUCUGGAGAGGAUGGGGAUUGGACAGCGGACUCCCUUCCGAGAAGGAAUGCAACGUUGUCUUUGGCCUUAUCUCCUGGACAAGCAGUGGCGACAGACUGUGUUUCACUGAGACUGUGAUAGGGUGAAAGAGGUCAGUGUGGGGGAGGGACAGCAGCAAAAAGUAAAAUUUGAUGGAAAAGCACAAGUAUCAAGAGUUUCAGACAACCCUCUGCCCCAGACAGUAUCUUUUGAGAGAUUAUAUCUGUCUAGCCUCUCCUGCUGUUGCGCAACCUUGCACAUCACUGGUUUACUUAGUCCACGUGUCUGUCUGUGGGUAAACUUUACAAAAAUAUAUGUACAAUUAAAGUGUUUCCUUUCUGCUUUUGCUUUGUAAUUUUGUUCGUAUGUGCAUGGGAGGUUGUUCUUGCUUUUAACUUGUUUGGACACACUCCAGCUGGCGGGAGAACAAGACUACUAGAUAUUUUGUUCAGCAUGAUAAAAAGAUGCGUUGGAAUUUUCCAGUGCUUUCCACACCCUCCCAACCCACAUUUUAAUACUGUGCAACCAGUGACUGAAAAAGUGGUUUCAACAGAGGUUGCCUCAGUUUUCUGUAGAGUGAAAGACUGGUGGAAGUUGACCCGUUGCUAUCUCUCUCUCUCUCUCUCUCUCUCUCUCACACUCUCUCUCUCUCUCUCUCUCUUUCUCUCUCUCUCCAGUUCAUGAGCCAUGUAGCAACUCUUCCACUCACUGGCUCUUCUUUGCAACAGAUACAAAUUGUCAAAAUGCCGAAGGAAACAGUGAUAGCCUGUUUACCCUCUGUCUCUUGACAUUGUACAGCUCCCUCAACACUGCCCACCUACCAGAAUCUUACCUCUGAGUGUCAACAGGCAGCUCAACUGAGGAAGGGCUUCAUAGCUGAACCUAAUCACCUAUGCAUUUGCAUCAGGAGUUGUUGGAUAGCAAGCAUGGACAGGACCCCUCCCUGAUUUCAAACCCCCUCACAUAAUCAAGAUGCAGUGAAGCCAAUUUUGACUCCCAUCCAAUAGGUAAGCUAGCCUUGUGGUUCUAUACUGAAUGAACCCCACCAGGUUUAAUUUCACUAAACCUGGUGAUUCGAUGGCUGGCACUAGGUGAAGUGAGCAUGAAGCUGUCGGAUGUCAUUUAAAAACCCAACUAGUUCACUAACAACCUUCAGGGAAGGGAACUGCCAUCCUCAGCCAGACUGGCCUAUAUGUGACUCCAUCCCCAUAUUGUGCUAUGCCUGCAGGGCAUUGAAGGAUCAAAUAAAUCAGUGUUAUUUGGUGGGUUUUUGAAACCAAAGUUUGUUUUAAAGUCUUUGGUGAACAAGAGAUGACUUCAAGUUUCUAAUAUGAAUUGGAAAAUUGAUUCAUUAGGUUUUCAGUAUUCUAACCAUUUGUACGUGUUUUGAAACAAAUUCAAAGUUACUGGAUUGUAUCUUAAAGCUAGAAUCGCUGGUGAGGAAACAGUUUUGGAUGUAAUUUUAAUUCAAGGUAGAAUGCAUUUGUUUGUUUUCCAUUUGUGAACCAAGUUUUCAGCAGGUAAGACUUCAGAUCUUUGCAGACUUUCCAAUUGGUCGAUAAUUGCAAACAUCAGAAGCUCCUGUAAUGCAUCCUGAUUUCUAAUCUCUGUUUUGUGACUUUCAGUGCACCAUUUUCAUUGAAGUCAGCCCUACCUUGCUUCCUAAACAGUUGUUCUGUUUAGACCUCAUCUCUCCUGAAUAUAAAGGUUCCACUUGGCAGAUCAUGUAAGACUUGUCACCGUCUAUAAGUUUGAGAUGGUCCCCGAUUUUGCUAUUAGAUAUUAAUAGAAAGAGACUAUCAUCUCUGACCAAGAAUGUGUAGAAACUGACUAGGAGUGAGUUCAGCAUUGAGCACGUAUGAACUGAUGAACUGGCCAAUUUCACUUCAGACCUGUUCAUUGUUGGAAAGUCAGCUGUCAUGCUGCCCCCCCCCUCCCAAAAGUGGUGUGGUCUCUCAUAAGCUCCUGCCACUCCCCUCUCACCACUUCAUCAAUUGCUUGGGAGUCAAAGAGCCGGCAGGUAAUCUGCUAAUGAACCCAGUUUGGCUCCAAAUACUAAUCUUGCUCAGAUCUGCAGCGAAUGGAAAACAUAUGAAGAUGCAUUGCAAGACAUUCACCUGAGAGUGGGUUGGUGUCAAGGGCGCUUUGCCUGUAUCUAACCUGUGCUGUACCUGGGAGUGUUUGGGGCAUUGUAACUGAGUCAAAACAAAUUUAAAUUUGGGGCAUUGUAGAGGGAGUUUUAUUGUAUCUAAGCCAUUGAUUGUAAAUCAGAAACACUCCAUGCCAAUUAAUGUGGCUGAUUUGUGAAUGUCAGGUUAUCUCUGUCUGGUUGGAAGCUGCCUGCCUCACCAAGCCAAACAUGUCUACACUGCCAGCUUCCUGUCUUUUCAUUUGUUUCCUCAUUUUCUAAGGAUACUUUGAUUUCUUCUGUAAUUUUUACUGAAAGAGUUUGUGUUGCCCUUUUGAGAAUCAUUAUGAUAUGGGAUUGUUGUCACACAUGCACAUACCUGAGGCACUGUAUAAAUGAUUAUCACCUGUCUGUGUCUGAGUGGAGUUGAGCAAAGGGAUGUAAAUUUGCUUAAAACGUCUCUCUUUUUUGGUGUCUGUGUAUUAACUGUUGUCCACAGAUGUACAAUAAAGAUGUAGUUCCCAGCCCUCAAUCCUUUAAAGAUGGGCCAAGGCUUAGAGCUCUGAUUGCUCAGAAUUCCUAAUUCUAAGCUUCUCUUUUGGGCUGUUUGAAUUCCUGGCCUAUCCUGCCUUCAUGUCCUGAGGUGUUAACUCGUAGUGCAAAUCAGUUCUGCAAGCUCAGUCACAUCUUUCCUUGCCUGUGUUAGCAAGCUACUCAACUACUGAAGCAUCACAUCUCACUUGACCAAAAUCCUCCCACUUGUGUGCACAUUCAUGCACUGUAGAAAAGGCUGGAUGGGAGCCAGAAUCUUGUGGCACAUACAUCAUUCCUCUGUGAGAAAACUGCCUUCUAUGGAGCAGCAAUUAUGUGCAGCAGACUGAGUAUAGCAGAGAACAGUUUGAUAUGACUCAGCUCUAGUACACGUAUCUCUAACUUUUAACAGUGAAAAUGUUGUGAGUUUGUGCAAAUUGUGAAACUGCUCAAACGUUCCCAGUAGCUACAAUCAAUGUACACUUGUGAAAACUGGAGUCUCUCUCUCUCUCUCUCUCUUUGUAUUUGCAAACUGCACUUGUGAACAAAUAACUACAGCCUUGUUAAUGUGCAAGUCAAAGGAAUAAUGCUUUUCACAUUCCGUCCUGUAGAGAAUUUAAUAAUAAAAAUUAUACAAAACA